ACCCGGUGAAACUUGAGCCAGGGUAGGCUGAGGUCCGAAGUGCCCGUCAAGAUGGAAGUGAAUCCCCCCAAACAGGAGCACCUGUUGGCGCUGAAAGGUCCUGUUUCUUCUGAUUUGACAAGAAAGACAAUUUUGUAAUAAUAAAUUACAUUCUAGCUCUGAAGAAUUCAGCUAAGAAAUUUUCUCUUCAUUAAGAGUUAAUGGAUUACUGCAGAAUGACUACUGAAGUAAUAUUACAUUAUCGACCAUACGAAAACGACCCUAAACAUCUGGCAAAAAUUGCAGAAAAUGUAAUUCAAGACUUUCCUACUCACCCACUAUCAAGAUUUAUUCCUUGGUUUCCACACGAUGAGUCCAAACUUCCACUCAAGCCUAAAAGAUUGCCACCAAUAAUUUCUGAAGAGGCUGCUGAGAAUGUGAAGCAGUACUUAACCAUUUCAGAACCUAGUGUUAAAUCACAGAGCUAUGAUUGCACAGUAGAUCUUUUGGAAUUUCAACCUAGUUUGAAAAUGCAGCACUUAAUCCAGUCACACACACUGAAGGAGCAGGCUAAUUCGGCAAAUUUGGAUAAAAAUUCAGGAAAAGAAAAACAGCACAAGAAGAGAUCCUGGAGUGUUUCACUUGCCAGCAAACAUUGUCCAAAAAAGAUUUUUCCUUUGUCUAGAAAAUUGCAAGCUAGUUUAAAGACACUACAUUUGCACUCCCUUCAUAGAGCAAGAUGGACUUUAGAAUACAGUGUUUGCAACAACCAAACUCUGGAAGACAUUUGGACAAAACUCAAUCACCUUAUCAGGCACAAUGAACUUCCUUCUUGUAAUGCUACCAUCCAGAGACAGUUAGGCCAAAUAUGGGUGUUCUGUGACAUUAAGUACUGUGAAUAUGUAGGAAAUCUCCUUAAAGAAAGAUUAUCUCUUAUUGGGAAAAUUGAUUUAUUUGUACAUAAAUAUGGUGUUAUUUUUAGUAUGUAAUAAAUUUUGAUUAUCAGGAAAAGUAUUCUGAAUGAGAUGAAUAUGGACUGAAAUUGUGAAAUGAAUAAAUUUUAUUGAUCAUUACAUUUUUAAUGAGUUAAAUUUUAAUGCUUCUUCAUAGUAUAAAGAAAUAAUUAUGAGAUAUGUAUACAGUUUAUGUCCAGUAUAUAAAUAUCACAUAAUUCCAAGGCUUGUCAAUGAAGUCAAGAACAUUCCAGAUUAUGUUUAUUAGCAUUCUUUUAAGUGAACUUUGGUGAAUUAUUGUUUGUACUAAAAUUGAAAGUACGUGUUCUAAUCUUUAUCCCAAUGAUUUGCGUUUAAAUAAAUGGUUUUAUUUUAGUGAAUCCUUAAAAAUCCUUAUUCACCUAAAUAUAAUAUGAGCUGUGUGUAAAAUUAAAAGUAUGCCUGAUUUUGUAUUUUUCAUGAUUUAUUACAAGGUUGCCAGUCAAGAAUUAAAAGUUCGGAAAUCAUA